AUGGUUGCAUUCUUUCGAAAUACAGACGGUUACACGAAUGACACUACCGGCUACACUCUUGUGGAAAAUUUGAGUGGCACACCCUCUCUACUGGCCUGUGCAAAUGUCUGUGGUGCUCAGGAUUGUGACGCUUUCGAUUUCGAGGAUUCCACGAAAGAAUGUCGACUAAUUCAUCACUCAAGCAAAAUUUACCAACCUUUGAUAAGCAUUUUUAUCAGAUGUUUCCAAUGUGACUGUCUGCCAGCAGGAAGUUCAUCGUCAGUUUACACACUGACUAUACCGCAAGGUCUUGUGUUUGAUGCAUACUGUGACAUGGAAACUCUUAACGGUGGAUGGCUUAUUUUUCAAAGAAGAUUUAACGGUAAUCAGGAGUUUCUUAAUAAUUGGCAAGAUUUCAAGAACGGAUUUGGUGAUCCUUAUGGCGAAUAUUGGCUCGGAAAUGAAAAGAUUUAUCGCCUUACUUCAGUCCAAACAUAUGAACUUUACAUAGAAAUGGAAGAUGAAGCUGGUCACACUAAAUACGCUAGAUACAACUCCUUCUCCCUUGCCUCUGAAAGCGACCGCUAUCGUCUUUCUGUGACCGGGUUUACUGGAAAUGUUACUGAUAGCAUGCUUUAUAACAACGGAUAUCGUUUUACCACCAAAGAUAUGGAUAAUGACAUACGUCCCAACGCGAACUGUGCAAACGUCUUCAGGGGUUCCUGGUGGUACCGUAGCUGUCAUCACUCUAAUUUGAAUGGGUUUUACAGCCCAACGCCUGGGAAUAAUCCUGACACAAUGUGCUGGAAAAACUUUACAGGAACCGUGGAAUUCACGUCAUUACGGAAGUCAAAGAUGAUGAUUCGACCUGUGACCUGA